GGAGAGAGAAACAAGGACGAAAUAGAAAGCAAGAAUAAGGACUAGAGGACCCUUCUUGUACAUCGAAAUUGAAAAAGACAUGCUAAAAACGGGGUGAACGGACAAAUUCUGGUAAAGCAAAGCAAGGCCUCAUGCACAAAAUGGACUAUUUAAACCUAAUUAUUCUGGAAUAAGGAGACACAGAACCGACCUCCACUGGUAUUUAUUUGACAUUAUUAUAAUACACUUCACAAACAACAACAGCCAUUCUGAAGAUUUAUCCUGAUAUAAAGAGGAAGCCCGUCACAGUGGAUGGAGGAGUCUGGCAGUCCCCGAUUUAGGAAGCUUCAUUUCCCAGUGGGGUUGUGGAUAAAUUCUCCACGGAAACACUUUGCCAAGCUGGGAGCUCGCUGGCCCAGUGCAGCAUCAGUCAAGUCCACAACUAGCUCAGAUGCCGCUUCCCUUCCCGAGGCCCCAUCAUCAGUCCCUUCCUCCCUCUCUCACUCCACCCCUUCUCUUGCCCCACCCUCUCCAUCCCCUUCUCCAGCCUUCCUCCGCCCUCGCCCCGCCAAUCAGCAGUCCCGGGCCAAGCGGCUGUCUCACCUUUUCCUGAGAGGCCGGUCCAACAGCGACCGAGACCGUGCCAUUGGAGAACGUGAGAGGGAAAUAUGGGUACAUUCUGCCACCUCGUCAUCACAUCACUACCUGCCUCCCGCUUCCUCUAAUGCCCCUGGGCUAGUCAAGAUCUAUGGAGAUGCCCUGUCUAGUGGAGCUAACUAUCGGAGUCUGCUGGCAAACAUGCACUCCACUUCCCGCCAGCUCAUUCAGCAGGUCAUCACCCGCUACACUGAGAGAGAAAGAGAGAACGAGAGCGAAGACACAGCUCUCCAGAAAUAUUUCCCCGAGGACUUCCUGUUAUGUGAUGUCAUUGGAAAGCCCAUUCAGCAGCCAGAUGGAGCCAUUAAAUGGCAAACUGAAUGCCGAAGGAGCGUGGCCUCCUGGGAAUGCCCCUUACAGCUAGUAGAUAUGUGGAGGCCGAAGGAUGGUUUUGAACGACGGUUUGAGAUCCAGCGCCUUGAUGAAUAUGAGAGGGAGGAGAAAGAGAAGGAAAGAGAGAGAGAGAGGGAUGGAGAGAGCUAUCAAGGAGUCCGUUGGAGGCGGAGCCACAUGUCCUCUGGGGGCGGUCCAGAAGAAGAACGAGGUCAUCGAGGCCGGAACACAGAACUGAGGAGGAGUAUUAGUGAUAUUAACCUGAGUCUAAGACGUCGUCAGGGCAAUGUGAGCAAUGAACCUCGGCGUUCUGGCAAUGCCCCAAAUGGACAGGACAGAAAGAACACAGUGAGCAUGAUAGCAACUGAAGGAGGAGAGGUCACUGGGUCAAGAAGUGGUGGAGGUGAGACAGACAGGCGCACUCGGGCAGCAGAAGAAGAGAAAGACACCUGUGACCUGGAAGUGAUGUCGCAGAGUCUGAUCCUUCCACCGACAGAUCGGCCUUACUUCCUGUUACUGCAAGGCUAUGACCAGAGCAAGGACUUCGUGUUGUACAUAAUGGCGGGUCACACACAUGUUUUUGGGCGGAAGCCAACAUUCCGGGAGCGUGAGAUGGACAGGGAGAGAGAGAGGAAGGGGAAGAGGCCUCUAAAAGUGGACACUUACCUCUCAGCCCCUGACCUGCUUGUCCGACACCUCCUGAUCAGAAGAGACACGGCCAUCCCAGAGCAACCACGCGGUCAAGCCUUGGCACAUCCAUUCAGAGGAGGACCUGUCACUCUUAAUGGAGCUCCACUUUAUAGGGAAGCAGACAAAAUUAAAGAGUUCGGUGACAAACAUCCAACACAAAACUCAGCAGAGGCCGAUGUUGAACUUCCUCCACCAAGCAUGCAGAAGCUCUCCUCUGACCUUCGACCUCUCAUGUUCUGGAUGUCCAAUGCCACGGAGCUCCUCAACUUUUUUCAGGUCAAAGUUGAAGCCAUGGAAAAAGAAUGGGAAUUUGAAGCAGAGGCCGAUGUUGAACUUCCUCCACCAAGCAUGCAGAAGCUCUCCUCUGACCUUCGACCUCUCAUGUUCUGGAUGUCCAAUGCCACGGAGCUCCUCAACUUUUUUCAGGUCAAAGUUGAAGCCAUGGAAAAAGAAUGGGAAUUUGAAGCCCCGGGUGACCCCGUUCUCUCAGCUGAUAUGGACACCUGUUCUGAGGCGCUGGCACAGCUGGAUGAUGUCAUUAUGCACACCUUUCAGCAGUGUGUUUACCAUCUGACCAAGACGUUAUACUCCUUGCUCCCAGCACUGUUAGACACUAACCCGUUCUCCAGUGAGGAGAAGAAGAAAGGAAAAGCGGGAGCAAAGGACAGAGCUGGUAAUGAAGGGCAAGGAGAUGAGGAAGAAGACGUCUCCACUUUGCCGCCCACCGUCGCUGGACUGGUGGAAGUGUAUCGCUGCUCUCUGCAGCUCUCCAGAGAAGCUUGCCUCUCUCCACCGCUAACCUCCCAAACAUUUGGCUACCUCUUCUUCUUCACAAACACGUCUCUUCUCAACACACUCUUGGAGAGAGAUAGUCUAUUCUCUUGGUCACGUGCGGUUCAAAUUCGAACAAAUCUGGACCUGGUUUUAGACUGGCUACAAGGAGCAGGCCUUGGAGAUAUUGCAUCAGAGUUUCUAAAGAAGCUAUCAGUUACGGUCAACUUCCUGUGCAUACCUAAGACCCGCCUUAUUCAGUCAUCCUGGUCAAGUUUACAGGAAGAACAUCCCUUGCUAAGUCCUUCCCAGCUUCACCAUCUUCUCACUCAUUAUAAGCUUGGACCAACGAGAGCCCCACCAUCUUCAUGGGCUCCGCUUCUCGGUACCGAACUUGGAGGUGAUAUUUUUGAGAGUUUUUUGGACCAUCCUCCUCUUAUCCUGCCUAAUGAGACACCUCGGCUGGACCUGAAUCAGCCAAUCCCAAGCCCCGAGCUAAUGAAGGAAGUGACAUGCCUGCGAACAUUCCUGUGGGGGCUCGACCAGGAUGAACUUCCUGCUAAUCAGCGGACUAGAUUGUAACAUUAAUUCACAACAUUAAUUCAUUCCAGUUGUCAAAUUAUGAACAUUAUCUAGUUCUCACAUAGAGAAACUACCAGUCUUUAGACACUAGUAGAUAUUCAUAUCAGAUAAUAUUCCUUCUUUUGUGUUUUUUUGUUGUUGUUUUUUUUGCCUGUCAAGCACAUCUGUCUUCAUUAUGAUUAUGUAUAAUUCAUUGCAUUAGUUACUUUAAAGGUUUAUGUUAGAUGAGAUUCAUUGCCUGGUUGCAAUGAUAAAUGCCAGCCUGUUAUUUUACACAGUAUUCAAAUGUUCUGUAGG